GAUUUGUUUUAAAUCGGAGGGGUUUAGGGCUUUUCGGAGGGUUGGAGCUCUCGGCAAUGGAGAUCGCGGGGAAGGCCAGGAAGAAGAACGGCACGCGAGAGGGCCAGUUCCGGCACGCCCUCGACAUGUGCGCCAAGACCGGCGACCUCGCCGGUGCCCUCGCCCUCUACGAGUCCGCCGCCGCCGAGAACCACCGCCUGUCCGCUUACCACUUCAACUCUCUCCUCCACAUCAUCUCCACCUCCAUCGAGACCCUCGACGAGCCCUCCAAGAAAUCCUCCAUCGACACCAGCUUCGCCAUCUUCGACCGGAUGGCCGCCAACGGCGCUACCCCCACCGAGGCCACCAUCACCUCCAUGGCCCGGAUCGCCGCCCAGAGGCCCGACGACGGCGCCGACCUCGCAUUCGAUCUGGUUAAGACCAUGGGGGAGCGGUACGGCGCCUCUCCCAAGCUGAGGACCUAUAGUCCGGCGCUCUUCGCCUUUUGCCGGAGAUUGGAAGCCGAUAAGGCGUACGCCGUGGAAUAUCACAUGGUCUCGAUGGGCGUCGUGCCGGAGGAGCCGGAGAUUGCGGCUCUGCUGGAGGUGAGCGCCAAGGUGGGGAGGGAGGAGAAGGUAUAUGGGUACUUGCACAAGUUGAGAGGCAGUGUCGGAUGUGUGGCUGGCCCCACGGCAGAGAUUUUGGAGGGGUGGUUCAGAAGCGAGCGGGCAAUGGAGGUUGGGAGAUCGAAUUGGGAUGCCGGCAGGGUAAAAGAUGCAAUUUUGAUGAAUGGCGGUGGCUGGCAUGGGCUCGGAUGGUUGGGGGAGGGGGGAUGGGAUAUUUGUCAUGUCACUGUAAGCUCCGAGGGGGAUUGCUCUGGUUGUGGGCAGAGGUUGGCUUGUGUGGAUAUCGAUCGAAUGGAGACAGAGAAGUUUGCAGUAUCUGUGGCUAGUUUGGCUCUGGGAAGGGAAAGCAAGUCCAAUUUCAGGAAUUUUCAGGAAUGGUUGGAAAAACACAGUGAGUAUGAAGCUAUAAUUGAUGGGGCAAAUGUUGGGCUUUAUCAGCAGAAUUUUGCAGAUGGUGGAUUCAGUUUGUCUCAGCUAGAUGCUGUUGUACAAGAACUAUUUGAAAGAAGCCAGGGCAGAUGGCCACUCAUUAUACUGCAUAAUAAGCGUGCUCUAGCACUCAUGGAAAAUCCUUCAAAUAGGCAGAUACUUGAGAAGUGGAGAGCUGAAGGGGCAUUGUACACAACACCAACUGGUUCAAAUGAUGAUUGGUACUGGCUCUAUGCAGCAGUGAAGCUCAAAUGUUUGCUUGUGACAAAUGAUGAGAUGAGAGAUCAUAUAUUUGAGCUCCUAGGACGGUCCAUUUUCCCCAAAUGGAAAGAGCGUCAUCAAGUACGAUAUACCUUUAAUAAAGGCCAUUUGAUGCUUAUGAUGCCACCUCCAUAUUCUUCAGUCAUUCAGGAGUCGGAUACAGGAUCAUGGCAUGUGCCGUUAGAUGAGAAGUGUGAUAAUGAGAAACUGAGGAAUUGGCUUUGUAUAACUAGGCCAGCUUCGCUUGAAAGUUCCAAUGGAGUUUGUCUCGCCGGUCGCUCUACCCAAACUUCAAUGGAGCCUCGUCAAAUGACUAGUCCAGCAGAGAAUGCAAAUGAUAAAGCUGUAUGUAUUACAGGUAAGAGGAAGGAUAGAUCCUGAUCCUGUUGAAAGCCACUAGCUGAUUAGCUGCUGUUGGAGAACUACAUUUUCUAUUUCGGCGAGUGCUGUUUGUUAAAUCCUUAGCCACCAUCUUGCAGUUGCUAGGUUUCCUUAACCCUCUCUCAUGUAUCCUUGUUAUAGUUUUAACUUUAUCAUAUGAUCGACGGAGGUGGCUGGCUGUUUGUUGUAUGCGAUCAAGCAGGGAUGAUCUGUUGAGAUGCAACAAGAAUAAAGAUGGGACUUCAGCCUUAAGAUUGAUAAAUGGUUACUUUCUUUUUAA